UAAUACGGCCACGUCAUUUGGUCUCUCUCCGUUAUUCUCUUUUAUGCCAACAUUCUACUCAGAAGUUUGGGGAGGAAACGCCGAUGCCCUAAGUUUUAACUCGUUGGCAAUUUACGUGAAAAACAUAAUCUUGGUGUCCAUUCUCAACAUUUAUUUAAGGGUGCUCUCAGUAAUACCCAAGAACAAGGAAAAAUCGACAGAAGUUUAUAAAUUGACGCAUUAUUUAGGAUGAAUAUUUUUCGGUUUGCUGGAGAUCUAUCUCAUGUCUUUGCCAUAAUAAUACUUCUGCUAAAAAUAUGGAAAACUCGAUCAUGUGCCGGGAUAUCUGGAAAAUCGCAAAUAUUGUUCGCUGUAGUUUAUUUAACUCGCUACCUCGAUCUCUUCACCACAUAUGUAAGCCUCUAUAACUCGGUUAUGAAGGUGCUGUUUUUGGCCACUUCUGGUGCAACGGUAUAUUUAAUGUACGUCAAGUUUAAGGCAACUUAUGAUCACAACCAUGAUUCGUUCCGUAUCGAGUUCCUUCUCAUACCAUGCGCCUUGCUUUCCUUCGUCAUUAAUCACGAAUUCACAGUGAUGGAAGUGCUUUGGACAUUUUCAAUUUAUUUGGAAUCUGUUGCCAUUUUACCACAGCUCUUUUUGGUAAGCAAAACUGGAGAAGCAGAAUCAAUAACGAGCCAUUACCUAUUUGCUCUUGGAUCAUACCGUGCGCUAUAUUUGCUAAAUUGGGUCUAUCGCUACAUGGUAGAAUCGCAUUACGACCUUAUUGCGAUCUUCGCUGGAAUCGUGCAGACCAUUCUAUACUGCGAUUUCUUUUACUUAUACAUUACCAAAGUUCUUAAAGGCAAGAAACUCCAACUUCCAGCAUAAUUAAAACCAUUGUUAAUUUUAAUACAUCGACACAUCAAAGGCAUUAAUAAGAAGCUGUAUGGAUUUCCAUCAAAGACGGAUACUAAAACGAAUAAAGAAUGGACCGUUUUACA